GUGGACGUACCCCAAUUUAUCCGGAGCCACAUAUUGAACUGAACUGAAUGUGAGUGGCGUUGGAGCAUCUAUUGUAUGCAUAGAGCCAUCUAUUGAAGAAGAAGAAGAAGAACUGAACUGAACUGAAAUCUGCGGAUGAAAUGGCGAACGGAGGUAGUUAUGCGUUUUCUCAGGAUGGUCAAUAUUACGCUUUUUGUGGUUUUAAUGGCAAAUUGCAGAUUUGGGAAACCGCAAAUAGCCGGCCGAAAUGUGAAUAUAUUCCUAAUCGACAUCUUUCAUCGCCGUGUAGUGUUAUACAAUGGAUCUCCGUGAAUCUACAAUCGGCGAACAAUAUGUUUCCAUCGCAAUGGAAGAAACGCAAGAGAAAGUCAAUUUCAGAGGAUAUUGAUCACAAGAUAGUGGCCAUAGGAUUGUCAGAUGGAAAUGUUGCAUUGUUUAAUGUAUCAUCAACAUUAGUCACCAUAUUGAAAAAUGACAAUGCUGCAGCAUGUACGGCAAUAACAUGGUCAGCUGCGAGUGGUUUGAUCACAGCUUCAGACGAUUAUCAUCUGAUGGAGUGGAAUAUUCAAGAUAGUAGAAUCAAGUGCAAGUGGAAAUCAGGCAAAAUGAAAGUCACAGCUCUGGCAGUCCCAGUAGAUGGGAAAUCUCUGUUGGCUGCAGAAAGAACGAUUAAAUGGUGGGAUUUAACGACAAAACAGUUGAUUCGUACUUUCACUGGACACAUUGACCAAGUCACUUCUCUUCAUCCAGUUAAAAUAGAUGAUACAACUAGCUAUCUGAUUAGUAGUAGCCGUUCAGACAACUAUCUUUCUGUAUGGGCAAUGGAUCAGCAUAAAAAUGAUAAGGUAUCGAUAGCAACGUUGCUCUUGCAUGAUGAGGCUGUAUUUGUAUCAACGCUCGUUGUAGAACAGUUGCAAAUCUUUGUGUUAGCUACUACAAAAUUGGGUCAAGCACAACUGUUUAAAUAUCAACCGAAUGGUCGUACAAAACCAUUGAAACCAUCUCUCAGUAUCACCGUUACUUCUAACAUUAUUCAGGAAAACAUCAAUGAACAAAUCCCUAUUGUAGCUGGUCAUUUGACUGAUGACAAGAAAUUACUGUUGGCAUUUGGUGACCGUCUGAUGUUUGAGAAGGUUGUACCUGACUUUUCUGCCAAAGUGCAAUGCUUAGUCAGAUCAAAAAAGAUGAAAAAGAGGAAAGAAGAAGAGAUUAUCAAAAUGAUGCGUACUGAGGUAGAGGAAAAUUGUUAUUUUGCAGUAGGUGAUCAUUGAGAAAGGGUAUGAUUACAUAUAUUGAAAAUAAACGAAUAUAUGGGAAAAAGAUUUGGAAUAAUAAAUAAAUCUCAGGUAUCAUCCGUGGAUAUAGAAAGAAUUAUCAUAUGAGUACUCAUGAUAAUUAAACAUAUAAUAAAGAUAAUGAAUAAUGAUUGAUGUAAUUUUCUAUAUUUUUACAAUAGAUGCAGAUACAACUCAAUAUAUUUAUCAGUUGGUGGGAUGUUUUGAUUUUCCUUUAAGAACAAUUUUUACAUUUUAUUUUUCAGUAAAAAAGUUCAAGAUUUAUCAUGUCGGUAUGUUAACCUAGAACACCUGUCUACUACAUUACAUUUUCCAAAUAAUAAAGACAUCAAACAUUUAUUUA